AAACAACAUUCCACCCCUAUUGGAACCUUAAAGAUAGUCGACUGCAGCUUCCUGAAAGCCCUAUAAAUCAGGUACUAAUGGCGCCACAUACACAAUUGAAGAUUCAAGAAGCCAACAAAGAGUCCCUUUCAGUCUUCUACACUGCUCUUUCCUCUUUCCUCUUUCCUCUUUCAAUGGCAGGACCUUCUCUCAGUAAUCUUGAACACCCUACCACCGCAAACAUCAAAUUUCUUUGCAGCUACGGCGGAAAGAUCCUCCCUCGUUACCCCGACGGCAAACUCCGUUACCACGGCGGAGAGACUCGUGUCCUCGCCGUUGACCGCUACCUCUCUUUCUCCGAAUUGGUGGUGAAACUCGGUGAACUUAGCGGGACGUCGAUGCCGGUGGCUCUGAGGUGUCAACUGCCGACGGAGGAUUUAGACGCGCUUGUGUCAAUUAUAUCCGACGAGGAUCUCGUUAAUCUCAUAGAGGAAUAUGAUCGAGUAGCUAAACUACAAUCAUCAUCGAAUCUCAAAAUCAGAGCGUUUCUCUCACUACAGAAGAAAUCCUCCCCGACUAGUUCAACCGCCUCUUCUCCGUCCACCACAACCGGUCUCGAGAGUUCUUCUCCGUCGUCCGAUUCCAAUUCACUCACGAGAUUUCCUAUGGCAACGACGAAUCAUUACGGCGAGCAGAUGUUAAAACCACAGGGAAAACUUCCAUUCCGCUACGAAAGAUCCAGCGGAAACCUCCUGCGUUAUGCAUGUCAGAAUUCAAGCCAGAGUUACCAGCUCCUUCACAAUGACAACCGUUGCAAUAAGAGUCUUAGAUAUGGCACCGACUUUCGAUCGGAAAACUUUUGUUCUUGAAGAUGCAUCAAUCUAAAUCGUGGCCAAGAAGAACAAUCCAAGUAUCCAGCCGAUUAAGAAAAAGGUAAAUGAAGGGUAGACAUGUGAUGUACGAUUGGACUAAAAGUCUGAAACCAUUUUAUAGAAAUGGAUGAGGUUAUAGUUUUUGUAAAUUUUGCUCGUUUGUUGACGUCCGCCGUUGAAAUUCCGAUUACCGCCGGUAUUAAUCAUCUCAGCAACCUGAUUCGAUGAUCGAUGAAUAGAGUCUGUUUUGUCGUUUUAGUGAUGAUGGCCGUAAUCUGCUUAGUUGUGUGCCACGUUAUGUAGUGUGGUUGGAUGUGCUGUGGAUCGGUUAUUUACCUUUAAAAUCCUAUUGGUUAUAUUAGGCGAAUUUCUUAUAUUCUUUACUAAAUAUUAAAUACUGUGU